GGGAGAGGGAGGGAGAGAGAGAGAGAGAGAGAGAGGGGUAGAGAGAGCAGCUAUUUUGAAAGUGACCCCUCAGUCAGGCAGCAACUCUGCAGCUGUCAGGAACUAUGACUGAAGAUGACGGAUUCUGUUGUCGUGGAGGGAUAUGCCAGACUCCGAGAUGGAAAAAAGUGGAAAACUAGGUGGCUCGUUCUUCGCAAGCCGUCGCCUGUAGCAGACUGCCUCACACUGCUGAUUUUCAAAGACAAGCCAGACAAAGCACAGGGAAUCAAGGAGAGAGCCAGUGUCACCUUGGAGGAGAUCUGCGGCCUGGAGGCAGGAGAGUGGUAUGAGGGUGUGGCUUUUACUCUGGUUAUCCUUUGCCUGAACCAGGCUGCUCUACUGGGCUUCGACAGCAGGGAGGCCCUGCAAGCCUGGGAUAUCCGCCUGCGAUACAGCCUCGGCGAGGUCCACAGAUUCAGCGUUGGAGUUUUACCGGGGACCAGGUUGGAGAGUGGACCUGCAACUCUUCAUUUAUGCAAUAACUUACUGGCUCUUGCCCGAGACGUCCCUCCUGUUAUUAUCGGCCACUGGAACCUUCCAGACCUGCGCAGAUAUGGACCUGUACCCAAUGGAUUUGUAUUCGAGGGAGGAACAAGAUGUGGUUAUUGGGCCGGUGUUUUUCUGCUUGCAUCUGCUGAGAGCGAGCAGAUCAGCUUUCUAUUUGACUGCAUCGUCAGAGGCAUCUCCCCCACCAGAGGCCCGUUUGGACUGCGGCCAGUUUUACCAGAUCCCAGUGCCAAUCAGACCAAUGCAGAGGAGAAGUUGAACCAUGAAACCCAGGAGCUGGAGAAACGGCUGAGCAUGCUCUCUCACAGGAGCAGCACAGCCUCGUCCACAUACUGCCCAUCUGCUGGAGGAGACGACCGCAGCAUAUCCGGUUCGUCCGACACUUCCGACACCAGUCAAUCAGACUGCAGUAUUGGCAGCCGACUGGUCAUUUGGACCGAACCGACCUCCACUCAGUCGGAAAAUGUCAGUCAUGUGCCCAACAAAGUGGCACUACAGAGCACUGAGAAGCUGUCAGUCAGCGACGGAGCAGGAAGUCGGCCUGCAACCAAGCCCCCUCGGCAACUUCAAGAUAUUGGCCGUCAGAGUUCAUCUGACAGUGGCAUUGCCACCGGCAGCCAUUCCUCUUACUCUGGAAGUUUUUCCUCCUACACAGGCAGCCUGGAUACAACUUCAGCAGAGGACUUAGGGUCUGUUUUCAGCUUACCUCCCCACUUGGCCAUUGACCUGAGUCCUUGUACUUGCCCCAGUAUUCCUGGACAUGAGUACCAGGUACCAACAUCAGUUAGGUAUUUAUAUGAAUCUCCUCGGAGUCUUUUACAGGAGGAAAAUGUGGGUACCAAAGACAAUAAGUCCUCCACACCAACUGAUGACACUUGUGCUCCAUCAGGCCCCACCACAAUGUUGGCAAAGGGGGAUGAAGGCAGUGUCAAAACUUGUGCAGGUGAUUCAGAAACGUUUGAAAGACAAUCACUGAGUGAACACUCACAGGGCCUUUCAGAGGAGAGUAAAAACUACAAGGUGGAACCCUCCAGUGAACAUCCUGACUCCUGUCACAUUUGCAGAUCUGUCACAUCCGUCUCCAAAACCAUUGUGGCCAUUUGCUCAGUGUGUGGUGGGUUUAAGGGAGUACCGUGCAUUCCUGCAAGUGGUUCAGCGAUAUCUGCCAUAUCAGCAGAUCAAAGUGCUGACAAAUCACCAUGCAGACCCAGCACUGCCACACAAUACAGCGUCACAGUGAAGAAAGUUGUGGAGAAGUUCUGGCCUUCCUCUGCUCGUCCUGUGGAAACUUCCAGAACCAAAGACGCUCCACUGCCAAAAAAAGGGAAAGACAAAAUAACUAGUCUUUUAACUGAUAUGCUAGGCUUUCCAAGUGCAGAUAGGCUGCCAGAGGCAAAGACAAACAGAUUGAAUUUGUAUGAAUCAAUGAGUUCUGCUUUUGGAAAUGAGCAUAAGUUGACAUCGACUGGAACCCAUGUACAUUUACAAGAGUCGCAGCAAGACGGAAGAGCAGUUAUUUAUGAGAACUGUUUCAAGUGUCAAAGCGAGCACUGCCUCCCUCCUCUCCGGGCCACACAUCCUGAGAUUUACCACAACAGGAACAUUCCCACGUUCCAAAAGGUUCCAUCGAAUCUGCACCUGAAGAAAAGUCACGGACAUGAUGUAGCUGUUAAUGAGUCACUGCUCUGUCAUGGUGACAAUGAUGAAUCACAAAGUAUGGACGUGCAGUGUCAUUAUGAGGAGAUGAAUGGUCGCUCAGUGACCGUUGAAGACAAAAGGCUUAUUGGCAAAGAGGAAAGACGCAGACCUGAUCCUGCUCAUGCGAUGAUGGAGAAUCGGUUGUCUGAGGCAGAGGAAAAAACCAAGUAUGAGUUAAUGGGCAGCUGUGGUCAGCACCGGUUCUUUCAAGAGACUGAAGGGGCAAUAUUCACUUACCCUCCUGAGGCAACAGUUCCUGAAAGGUUUUGCAGUGAAGGCGUCAGCGUGACCUAUGUGAAUAUUCCUGUUAGCCCCACAUCUAAGAAGCAACUGAACUACAUGGAGCUGGAGCUGCAGGAACCAGGGCCUGGUAACCGGGGGACUGUCACACAUCUACCAGCUCAGAGGAAGAGCUCCACCAAGUACGCCCUAAUUGACAUCACUGCCACAGAGAUGGCCCACAAAGUCGGAACGCAGCAUGCCCAGGGUCGACAGGAGGGCCUGCACACGUUGGAGCUGAGAAGAAAGGGGACGCCACAUUGA